AUGUCACGCCUCGUCCCUUGGAUGUUCGGGAUGCCCGACAAUGUAGACAAGUACAAUCAAGCUUGGAAGCACCUGAUUGACACCUCGAAACUACGUGGAUCUAACGGUAUGCGCACAAAUGAGCCUAGCUACCAAUACUAUAUGCGGCAGUAUCGCUACGAAGGGUCGAACCGCGAGUGUCAGUGGAAUGGCCCAGUGUGGCCAUACCAGACUACUCAAGUAUUGCUUGGCAUGGCGAAUCUACUAAACUCGUAUACGCAGAGCAUAAUUAGCAAGACGGACUACUUGUACGAAAUCAGGAGCUACACUCGACUGCAUUACAAUGGCGUUGUAUUGAAUCUUCAGGAGGACUAUGAACCCGAUAAGACGGGCGCUAUUGUUGGUCUAGCCCGCUCACCCCACUAUUUCCACUCUGGAUACAACGAUCUUAUAAUUUCUGGUCUGGUCGGUAUUCGCCCUCGCGCAGAUAACACCUUAGAGGUCAAUCCACUAGUCCCCACCGGCUCCGACAUCUCCUAUUUCCGUCUGCAAGAUAUCAGCUACCACGGACAUUCCAUCGCCGUGGAGUGGGACAGCACCGGUUCCCGUUAUAGCCGUGGUGUGGGACUUAAAGUAGAAGUUGACGGUGUAGUCGUUGCUUCCGCCGCGACGAUCCAGCGCCUCACGGCCACCAUCAGUAAGGGGACCCCACCUGCGAUCAUCCGCACCAACAUUACGAAGUCCACUCAAUUAUAUCGUGACCAAUACCCAAAGGGCUCUGCCUCUUCCGGAACGGCUGCCGAGAACCUCCACGAUGCCAUCGAUGGCCGUGUCUGGUUCUUUCCUGAGUUGCCCAACGGCUGGAACUCUGAUGCCCAGAGCGCAGACAGCACGCAAUGGUACACUAUUGAUUUCGGAACAUCCACCUCUCUCAGCGGCUGCACACUUGCAUUCUACGACGACGGAGCUACCUUCAUUGCUCCUCCGACCUACGACAUCCUUCAACUCGUCAACGGAGCGUGGGUCAAGAUCAACGGGUAUGGAGAAACAUUGCUGGCCAAUGGUAUAACAAAUGUUCAAUGGAGUGCUGUAAGUACGAAUCAACUAAGAGUAUCGUUUCCUCAGAAAGCCGGAAAGAGGGUGAGAUUGGUAGAGUUUAAGGCCUUUUAA